CUCGCGAGCACAUGCCUCGAGAGAGAAGGAAGAUGGCGAGAAAUGAGGUCUGAAAAGGAGCAGAUGACGGCGGGGAAGGAGAAAAGCGUGGUGGAGAUCCAGUUCCGAGACGUGCCGAGGGAGCACGACAACGCUGCUGCAAGCCUCAAACACAAAGACGACAAAAAGGAGGUUUUUACGAAGGUGGUGAUACGACGACUUCCACCAAACCUGUCUAAGGAGCAGCUGGAGGAGCAGCUCAGUCCGCUCCCAGCUUAUGACUAUUUUGAGUUUUUUCCAGCCGAUCAAAGUCUGUACCCUCAUCUCUUCUGCAGAGCUUACAUCAGUUUUAAGAAUCCUGAUGACAUCCUGCUGUUUAGGGACAGGUUUGAUGGUUACGUCUUCAUCGACAACAAAGGACUCGAGUACCCAGCAGUGGUCGAGUUUGCUCCAUUCCAGAAAAUCUCCAAGAAGAAGCUGAAAAAGAAAGAUGCCAAAGCUGGGAGCAUUGAAGAAGACCCAGAGUACAAGCGCUUCCUGGAGAAUUACUGCUGUGAUGAGGAGAAGUCUAUGGCCAACCCUGAGACUCUGCUGGGGGAGAUCGAAGCCAAAACCAGAGAGCUGAUAGCCAAACGCAGAACGCCACUGUUGGAGUACAUCAAGAAUAAGAAAAUUGAAAAACAGAGAAUAAGGGAGGAGAAACGAGAGGAGAGGAGGAGGAGGGAGCUGGAAAAGAAGCGACAAAGAGAGGAGGAGAAGAGAAAGAGACGAGAGGAGGAGAGGCGCAAACGAAAAGAGGCUGAAAAGCAGAAGAAACUGUCUGAAAAAGAGAUUAAAAUUAAGCUCCUGAAGAAGAGCGACAGGGAUGACGACAUGGACUCAGACCGAACGAAGGACAAAAGUGACAUCAGCGAUAUGGACAGAGGCAAAUGGGAGAAAUCUGGUGGACAAAUGAAGACAAAGGAGCAGAAAGAGAAAGGUCAGCCUGAGAGUGACAAGGAGCAGAGAGAGCAGCACGGCCGUAGACAACGAGACAAGGAUCACCGCGGGAAAGAUGAGGACAGGAAACGCCAGCGGCACCAUUAUGAUUUCGACAAGUUCAUGCGCCGCAAAGAUGAGACCAAGUGGGGGAAGGGCUACUGCCAGGACCGCGCCAAAAAAGAUGGGCAUCACCACAGCUACAAUUACUGCCCCGACAGCACAGACAAACUGGUUAAGGAGGACCGCGAAGACCUGGGUAACCGGAAGGAACGCCUCCGAAACAAGGUGAGCGAGAAGGACCGCCCGGCCAUGCAGCUCUACCAGCCGGGAGCGCGCAACCGCAAGCGCAUGAACUCGGUGGGCAAAAGUUACGACUGCAUGCCAGCGGGCCACUCACCCGAGCCUGGCACGGAGCACUGCUACGAGGGUGUCACCAUGGCAACAGGGUUGGAGAAAGGGUUUGAGAAGGGCAAGGACGAAGAGUGAAUGACGAGGAUACGUGCAGGGAUGCAAGUUAAAAAAAAAUUAGAAACA